AUGCAAAACAUGAUCCGAUUAUCUCAAAAUAUUACCAAGAUGGCGCUGCUGGCGCACUGUAUCGCUAUGGUGAUGCAACUAUCGUCACCAGAAGUCGGAACAGUAUUCUUUGCGGAUGCCUUGUUUGUGAAUCCAUCCCCCUCCUCCCGAAUUACGGUUGGUCGCAACAAUAAGUUAUGUUCUGUUUCAGGAAGAAGAGGGGGAUCUGCUACCAGAAUAAUACGAUCACAUCACGACUCGUCACGCCAGGCACAACAUAUUACACUGAAAUCAUCAUUUUUGCAGGGCAGUGCAAGCUCUGACGACACCAAUAGCACGGAUGCAGUUGAUGAGAUCAACAAUUUGAGUGAACCACCAACGGUUAUUGUCAUGGAUGGUCAUGAUACUGAUGGUGGUGCAGCAACAUCGUCAGCGUCCACCACGGCGCAAUUUGGGGAUGUAGUGAGAUUGGGAUCGGGCAAUCAUCAGCAAUCAGAAACAAGUGAGGAAGAUUCGGCAUUCUUUGCCUCUCCCGAACCAAUUUUUUCCAACAAGCCGACGUCCUCAGCAGUGUCGGAGGCCGAAAAAGUGGCCAAGAAGCGCAAGGAAAAGAAUAUCUUCGUGGCGGUGGCUUCCGUUGGCUUGGCCUUGGUCAAUUACUUUUAUCAAUUCACCCAUCCACUUUCCAGUUUGCAGCUGCUUUCGACCAUGCAACACGACCAUGCACCCGAAACCACCUUGCAACUUUUGGGGAACAAUGGCAAGCCUACCAUGGUUGACUUUUGGGCUCCUUGGUGUGAAAACUGCAAACAAUUGGCACCAACGCUCUAUCAAGUUCAACAACAAUAUGGAAAGGAUGUCAACUUUGUCAUGGUCAAUGGAGAUGACCCAUCUGCAUGGCCAUUGAUUGAAGCCUUUGGCGUGGAUGCCAUUCCACACAUGGCGUUGGUAGAAGCCGAUGGUACAGUAGAUACUGCUUUGAUUGGACCUGUUCCUAAGGGUUGGAUCGAUGCCGAUUUGCAAGUAUUGAUUGAAAAUAGUCGACAACAACAACGCGGUGACACCGAGACUCCAAGGAAAAAGUUGCCAUAUGAAAUGCUGGAUGUCUUUGCCAACCGACCAGAAGCACGGAAGCUUCAAGUGACACUAAAGCAAUAA